GCUAUAGAGUGUGGCAUUCUUCCGUAGAAAACACUGCCGAUGUCCUCGGAAAUGAUUACCUUCGCACUCGACUGUGCUCUUUCUGAUAAAAGCAUCCCAUUCAGAAGCCUUGAUGCCUGUUUCAGCCUUAAAAGACACUUGAUGAUUUGAUAUUCUAUCAGCUCGGCGCCAUGGUGUCGUCAAAAGAUGGUUUCUUAGGCCACUUCCGCCACAGCUUUGCGCAACUCGGGAGAUCGUACGAAGAAGAGCCAUCGCAGUCAGAUCAAGUCUCCUCCAGUUCCUCCACACAAUCCUUGCCUCUUUCCACUUCCGAAAUACCCCCCGCGUUUCAAAACAUUGACUACCGAGCUUCCAUAUCUUCCAACGUGCAACGUUACUCCGACCAGAGUUCCGCUGUUUUCAAAAAAGCCAAGGCUUUCUACCACCGCAAGCACAUUAGUAUCACCAGUCGCUUACAGCAAGGCACCGGAGCCGACUCCGAUGACGAACUGACAGACUUGAGCGACCCUACACGCGCUGGAAGCGUGCAAGAACCCGAAACACCAUCUCAGGAUAGCCGGAUAGAGCUACCAAGGUCGGCAACAUUUCCCUCUCCAGCGCCCAAGGAUAUUCAUGGCCGAGAAGAUCAACGACCAACUCUGUCCCGAAGAGAUACACUCGCCAGGCUAAGAAGACACUCCCAUCUUCUCCCCGGGCGGUCAUCGCACAGCUCAGGAGACUUGCGUCGUUUGCUAAAUAGGCAAUCUGACGGUGGACUAACUGGUCCGGAUACGACGAUGCCGCAGCGACCUCAACCACCUGGAUUCGUCGUGCCGCGGAAUAGGGAUCGGCGGCCGAGGCCAACGAGGCAGAAGACGGAGACACAGAUGCGUCAGCGGGUGGAUAGCAAGUUGGCAAUGUCACCAGAAAGGCCUCCUGUGGAACUGCCCACCCGGGCGUUGUCGACAUCGUCACUCAGGCUCAAAAAGCUUCCUAGUCUGGGGUUCUCCUUCGAGCCGAAAUAUAAGAAAUGGUCGAUAGAUGGAGGGCCGCUUAGCAAGAAGAAAACACGGUCGAUGAGCAAUAUGGGUCAUGAGCGUGUGGCGGAGCAGGAAGGAUUGUUUGAGGAGUCGCUGGGUCAUGAGCGUGUGGCAGAGAAGGAGGGAUUGUUUGAAGGUUCGUUGGAUAAUAUGUGAUAGUCUAGAACACUGCGCCGCCGAUGAGGAAGAGGCGGUUUUCUUCUUUGCGGACCCAGCUUACCAACCGGCUAGCUGCUUGCGCGAGAGCGGUUCGUGGAGUGUGGGCUGGCGCGACGGCAUACAACUCGAAUGUGGGG